ACUUGUAGGUGAGCUGGUGAGCAAGUGGUGAGGUGUGGGUGAGAGACAGGUGAAGACUUGAUAGAUCUGCAGGUUCUAGAGGAGGUAGUGUAGUGUUACAUACACUUAAUAUGCUUCUCAUAAGUACAAUAUUUUUUUAUGAUCUUCUUAUCUGUUCUAGUUUUUUUAAUAAUAGGCCCAUAUGUAAAAUGUAACAAAAAAUAGUGUAUAAAUCACUAUUACAUAUUUCGUCUCCCCAGAAGGUCUUUAGAUUUCUGGUUUUGUCCACCAGACAUUCCAAAAUAUCAAAACAAAUCCAAAACAUUUUCAGUUUACUUGUGAAAAUAUAAAUAAUGUUAAACAUGAUGUGAAAAACGAACAUUUUUGAAUCAAAGAAGCUUACUUUGUUGAUUGAAUAAUUGAUCAAUUACCUAAUUGUUUUAGCCCUCCAUACCUUAUGUUUUUGAUUCAUUGAACAAGCUCAUUGUUUAAACAUCACAAUUCAUUGAGAUGUCUGCUAGAAUAUGCACACAAGUGCCUUAAUAAUGUAUUGUAAUGUGUCUUUGUCAGCUUCCACUGAUAACUUCUUUGCAAUGGCUUCAACUUUACACAACAGGUAAAGACAAAAUCAUCUUUGUCACCAAAGAGGAUCAUGAAACACCCAGCAGUGCUGAGCUCAUGGAGGAAGAUCCCAAUGACCCGUAUGAGGACCGAGGUCUGAUUCUGCCCAGUGGGGAGAUCAACUGGAACUGCCCCUGCCUGGGUGGUAUGGCCAGCGGUCCCUGUGGGACUGACUUUAAGGACGCCUUCUCCUGCUUCCACUACAGUAAGGAGGAGGUGAAGGGUUCUGACUGCCUGGAGCAGUUCAGGGCUAUGCAGGAGUGUAUGCAGCGUUACCCAGAGCUCUACCCACAAGAAGAUGAAAAAUCCUCCAGCAAGACCUCACAAGACUCAGAAGCUGAAGCAUCAGGUGCAAACUCAACAUCUGCCUCUGAGCAGGACUCUAACACCUCACAGCCCGACACAGAGAGCUCAGCGGAAAGCUAAUAAUGAGUCAUAGUGUGUAGAGUGCGUUCACAUGUAGUCAUCCCUUUAUGGAACCGAAAUAUUGUCGAUAUAUUUUUUAAAUCAUUGCCCAUUUGUUUUUUAACUAUUGAACAUUAAUAAAUAAAUGAAAAGGUAUUUGGGGUAAGUAGCAGAAACAUUUGUUUUGCUCCAAACUGCUGGAGUUUUGUGUCAGUGUGGAAGCUGGAAGACAAAAAAAUUAGCACCAUGACUUACAAACAUGUUGUUUUAUUAUCAGUGCUAUUGAAGAGUGUGUGGUUUAUUUAGAAACCACUUUAUUUGCUGCAUUGAAGCAAAUUCUCUGUGGAGACGGAGAACUCAUGGUCACUAUCGUGAAAGCAAAAAAAUCUAAGCUUUUAAUAUUCCUCAAAGGAGAACACGGGUCAUGUGGUUUAAAGAACAGAUAUUUAUUCAGUAGCAGACAAAAACGUGCAGCUUUAAGCUUUAACUUAAACAGUUUACUCAUGAAUAACAUGGGAUCUAAGCAAAAUCUGAAGUGUUUAAAGUAAACAUGUCCCGCACUGCCUUUAGGUUCAUUCAAAACCGUUUUGAAUCAUUUUCAAGUGUUUACAGGACCAAGCUUAGUACACUGACUGAGGUACAUGGCGUUUAUUUGUUUCUUCCUUUGUUUCAAGAUAAAUGGUGCUACUUGCUCAUCCUGUGAUUUACCACAACAAGGUCUGAGACUGUAAAGUAAGAUUAGGUGUGGUAUCUUCAGUCGUGCGUUUCCACUGUUGCCCUGUGUCCUGGACUGCAUUUCUUCUGCUAAGUUAUAACCAGACCUAAAACAUUUACCUCAGCUGAGCCAUUUGUGUGCAGCACCGGAGUGACUGAAGUGACUUAAAGCAGAUAUUGUUGAAAGUUUUAUAAUAAAACGUAUUAUACAUGUGCGA